AUGAUUCAGCUAGUCGAGCGAGACCUCGAGCUUUGUCCAUUCUUAGACCCACUUGAUCGAUGUCCUCCAGUGGCUCCACGCAGCGCUACUCUUCUUUCCAAUCCGUUCCGUGUACUCGCAUACCUUGACUUGCUGCUUCAACUUCGUCCCUGGGGUGGCCGGCGUAUAACUCGUCGACCUCGUGGCUCUCUUCCCGCCUCUCCUACAUUAGUUGGAUACAGUUCGGGGUCACGCACUGAUGAGGCUGAUUGGUGGAUGCGCUCUACAUCAUGUGGCAAUACUGGAAUUGGUCGCCUAAGUGAUUGUGGCCAAGAAUGGUCAUGUGCCUCAGCAGCCGCUGCAGCGGCAACUGAUAUGGCCGCUUUGCGGACAUGGUUACUCAAUAGGAAUCUAAGUCGUUUGCGUCAGGUAGCCGGUCGAAUAAUGUGCUUGGAAGCCUGGUGUCAAGUGGCUGAGAUUGGGUUGGUAGAAUUUGUUCGUACCUCAGCUUCUCCUAUUACUGCCAGUUCAGCUGGAACGACGACUUCUAGCAGCGGGGCAGGAAUUACUUCUACUAGCACCACUGGAGCCACAUUUGCUAGUACCGGGGCGCAUACCACCGCCUCUGUUCCAGGAAGUACCAGUGGAAGUGGUGGUAUCAUCUUUGGGACGGGAUGUGCCAAAUCUGCCACGGGCACUGCUGCCAUUGCAGCUGCUAGCCGACUAGUGCAAACAGCGCCAUUUGGGCGUAGCCACGAUAUCUGGCUGUCAACAGGAGCAGGUGGUAUUCUCACAGAAAAAAUGAUGCUUAUAUCCGGUGCCGCAUCAACUGCUGAGCUCGAUCUUGAAGCGACUGGCAGGUUUUUGCGUUGCCGAGUCGGUCUCGAGCUUAUAAUUGGACUUCUCACUGAGGUAAAUUUAGAAAUUAAAUUCUGGCAUCCCGAUAUAUUUGUGAAAAGUUUAAAGAUGAUGUAG